UAUACGACAGUUAGGCUAAAAUGGCCGCCAAUAUUGAGGAAAAUCAAACCACAUUGUUUACGGUUUAAUUUUUGCGUUUUCUAUAUAUAUAUAAAAGAAAGGGUUAACUCUCUCACUCCCUGCCUUCCCAAUGGAUGAACCAGAUUUUGAGGCACAGCUGGUGCAGGAAAAGAUAGAGGAAGAACAGAAAAAGAUCAAGACCAAGGUUGAUGAGGAUGGAACAGAAUAUGAAUGGGAUGAUGGAAAAAAGGCCUGGUUUCCAAAGAUUGAUGAUGAUUUUAUAGCCCGAUAUCAAAUGGGCUAUGGUAUUGCAGAAGCAGACUCUGCAUCCUCCGAUUUCCCAGCUGCCCCAGCAGAUACCAAUAGCCUUGAGUACAAAGAGUGGUAUGAGCAAUACUGUAAGAAAUAUUACGGUGAACAAUGGGCACAAGGUCAGGAGGCGACAGGAGGCAUGGAUGCCAAGGGGAAUGGAGAGGAAGAUAGUGAAAACUCAGUCGAUGAAAACAGUGACGAAUACAGGAAGAAAUAUUUUGAUAACUACGCAUACUACUAUGGACAUGAGGCAGCUGUGGAGUAUUGUGGAUAUGAUUAUUACAAAAAGGAAAACACAGAGGAAAAGGCAGCAGAUGAAAAUCAGAAGAACAAGAAGGGGAAGAAACGAAAAAAGACAGCAGAACCAAAAAAGCCAGAAGAACCUCCCUCCUGGUUUGAUGUUGACGAAUCAAAGAACACCAAUGUGUAUGUGUCAGGCCUGCCUCUGGAUAUCACUGAUGAGGAGUACCGGGAACUGAUGGGCAAGUACGGCCUCAUUAUGGCAGACCCUGUUAACCGUGGACUCAAGCUCAAACUCUACAAGGAUAGCGAAGGGAAUCCUAAAGGGGAUGGACGAUGCUGUUUUAUAAAGGUUGAAUCUGUGGAACUUGCCAUGAAGUUUCUGGAUGACUCUGAGCUCAGAGGUCACAAGGUCAAGGUGGAACUGGCCAAGUUUAGCAUGAAGGGAGACUUUGAUCCCAACAAACGAAAGAAAAAGCUCAGCAACAAAGACAAGCGAAAGUUCAAGGAAAAACAGGCAAAAUUGUUUGACUGGAGACCAGAGAAGAAGGAAUUGGGGGAAGUUGCUGGUGCUGCACGACAGAAGAAUGAGAAAGUUGUGGUCUUAAAGAACAUGUUUGAUCCCAAUGAAUUUGAAGAGGACCCCACCUUAAUUAACGAUCUGAGGGACGAUGUCAGGAUGGAAUGUGGCAAAUUUGGAGAGGUGAAAAAUGUUAAAAUAUUCGACAACCAUCCUGACGGUGUGAUGAUGGUAUACUUUAAGGCAGCAGAUUCGGCUGAUGGCUGUAUAGCGGCCCUUCACCAGCGAUGGUUCUCUAAGCGGCGAGUCAUUGCGCAGCAGUGGGACGGACGAACCAAGUAUGAAAUCGAGGAGUCCGAGGCAGAGAGGAAUGAACGAUUAUCUAAAUGGGAAAAGUUCCUGGAAAGUGAUAAUACGAAAUCACAGGGAGAAAGUGAAUGUGUCGUUACAAAAUCUCAAAGUGAUGAUGCCGUAGACAAGAGUGCUAAAACGGACUCAAAAUCUGAACCAAAUGAUGUUGAAGUUCAACCAAAUAACAACAAAGGACAGGACGACAUUGGUUCCAUUGACAAGAGCAAUGGUAAAGGGUCUAGCAAUUCCCAAGACGUCUCCUUAGACACCAUGCCCUCCGAGGAAGAGACCGGCGAUUCAGCAAUGAUCACAGAAUAAAUUACAUAAGGAAUAUACAAUGUCUUUUUUUUAUCAAUCGAUCGCAGCACAUGACGUUCUAUUUUAUAACUAUUCUUAUAUCGGGCGAUACCAUGUGACAUAGCCUGUUCUCGCAACUUAAAAAGUAAUAUGUUUUCAAAGUGAACUCAUUUACGCGAGUAUUUAAAAUAUAAACAUAUUGUAUGUCAAAAUCAAAGUAUUGUUAUGAGAUGUUCGGGAAGUUUCAUGUAAUUACGAAAGAAAGUGAUGUUAUGUAAUAUUCGAAAUGUGAAUUAGGUUAGCAUCAUAGUAACUUUAGAUGAUAUUCGGAAUGUUACACUGUAUUUAAGAAUUGGAGUAAUGUUAUGAAAUAUACGGAAUGAUGAUAACGUACAAAUCGAGGCAAUAUUAUGAAACAUUCAGAAUGUUAAUUGCCUAAGAAUCAAAGUUGUAUUAUGCACAUUCAAAAAUGUUAAUUACGUAGAAAUUUUAAAGUUAUUUGUGUAAUAUUCAGAACGUUAAUUACGUAAAUUAGGUACAUUGUUAGUAUCCAAUUAAUGUUGAGAAUUGUAAUAACGCCAUAAUUCAAGUAAUGUUAAUACACUGCUUGAAUUAAAGUAAUACUAUAAAAUAUUCAGAAUGUUAAUUACGUAAAUAAGGUACAUUGUUAGUAUCCAAUUAAUGUUGAGAAUUGUAAUAACUGCUUGAAUUAUUCAGACAACCAAUUAAGAAUUAAAGUAAUAAUAUUAAAUAUUCAGAAUGUUAAUUAGUUAAGAAUGGAAUCAAUUGUGUGGACUGUUUCUAAUUGUACGUGCAUUACAAUCUCGGAUUAAAUUGGAAAUAAACAGACUGGAUCAUACAAUAUA